AUGUAUUCAUAUCCAAUAUUUAAGAAUGUAACAUUAUCAUUAUCAAAUAUUUCAAAUGAAAUUUAUGAAGUAAUAAAUGAAAUUCGACCUGAUUGGAAUUCGUCAAAUACUCGUUUAGUUCCAUUUACUGAAGGUAUAACAAAUGCUAUUUUAGCUAUUUUUGAUAAUCGAACAUUUGAUGAUCAAUCAAAUGGUUUAAUUAUUAAAUUAUUUGGUGCACAUACAGAAUUAUUUAUUGAUCGUCAAUCAGAAAUCAAUGCAAUGGUUAAAUUAUCUCAAUAUGGAGUUUUAUCACAACAUGUUCUUAUACAAUUUAAUAAUGGAAUUAUUUAUGAAUUUACAAGAGGUGAAGCAUGUUCAAGAGAAGAUGUAACAAAAGAAAAUAUAUCGAAAUUAAUUGCUAUUAAACUUGCACAAUUUCAUUCUAUACCAGUUGAGAAAUAUGAAAAACCUUAUAUUAUAUCACUUAUACGAAGAUUUAUUGAAUUAAUCAGUGAAAAUGAAGAACAAAAAAAAGAAAUUUCAAGUAUAAUAUCAGAUAUUGAUACAAUUGAAGAAGUUAUACUUCCUAAACUUGUUCCAAAUGGUGAAUUAGGUAAAGAUCUUGUUUAUUGUCAUAAUGAUUUACUUGUUAAAAAUAUAAUUUAUGAUAAAAAAAGUGAAACAAUAUCAUUUAUUGAUUUUGAAUAUACACGUUUAAAUUAUUAUUUAUUUGAUAUUGCAAAUCAUUUUGUUGAAUAUGCUGGUGUUGAUGAUGCUGAUUUUAAUUUAUAUCCAACACAUGAUGAACAAAAACGAUGGUUAAAAAUAUAUUUUGACGAACGUCAAAUGAAUAAACAAAUAAUAAAUGAUGAUUUAUGUUAUAUAAUUGAUAAAUUUUCAGCACUUGCACAUUUAAUGUGGGGACUUUGGGCUUUAGUUCAAUCAGGUUUAUCACAAAUUGAUUUUGAUUAUCUUAAUUAUGCUAAAGAAAUGUCAUCAUCAAAUGUAAAUAUCUGUGAUGAUAAUAAAUUAUUAUCAGAAAAAGUUGGUUAUUAUCUUGAAGAAAUUGUUUUAAAAAUGAUGAAUGAAAAACAAUUAAUAACAAUUGGUUUAUCUGGUGGAUCUUUAAUUGAUUUAUUAGUAUCAAUUGUUCCUUAUCUUCAAUUUCCUUGGUCUCGUAUUCGAUUUUUUUUUCUUGAUGAAAGAUUUGUUCCAUUUACAUCAGAUGAAUCAACUUAUGGAAAUUAUCAAUCGAAAUUAUUUCGACAAUUACCAAUUACUGAAAAAAAUAUUAUUAAAAUUGAUCCAACAUUGAAAUCUGUUGAAGAAUGCGCAUUAGAUUAUCAAAAUAAAUUACAACAACUAUUUAUUCAACCAGAUAAUUCAUUUGAUAUAGUUCUUCUUGGUAUGGGACCUGAUGGUCAUACAGCAAGUCUUUUUCCUAAUCAUCCUGUUUUAAAUAUAAACAAUGGAUUAGUAACAUAUGUUAAAGAUUCUCCAAAACCUCCACCUGAACGUGUUACAUUAACAUUAAAUACAAUAAAUGAAGCAAAAUAUAAAAUUGCUGUUAUCACUGGUGAAACUAAAUCAACUGUUGUUAAACAAAUAAUAGAAGAUAAAAAUCGAACAUAUCCAAUUGGUCAACUUGAAAAUCUUAUUUGGUAUCUUGAUAAAGCAGCUGCAUCAAAAUUAGAAAUCAUUUAA